ACCGCGAAAGCAACUGCCACCAUCACCACCACCACCAUCACCAACGCCAUCAGCACGAUCAACGGUGUACGGGUGUACGGCUACACAGCUGGGCAAGGCGAUCGCCAGAUCUUCGACAUGCGACUGCAUGAGGCAAGCGGGUAGCGGCAAGAAGCAAGAGGAAAGAGCAAUAAGAAAAGCAAGGCAAUAGCAAGGCAGAAGCAGAAAGCAGAAGCAGAAGCCGCUCCGCGUUCAACACAGGCAGCUGUUAACUAUCAAGCUGAAGUUUCGAUCGUAACUUUGCAGUUCACUAUAGCGCACGGAAGCGUUCGGAAGUGAAAUAUAUUUUAUUAAAUAAUAUUAAAGCAGUUGUAUACCUGAAUACGCCUAGCCGAGAUCGCGCCGCUUAACACGCACGCAAUAUCAUCAUCAUAAAAUAAUAUAACUUGACAAAAGCGAAUCGCCGUUUUUUUCUCAAGUUUGCCGUACAUCUUGUUUCCGAUUGUGGCAAUAAAAUCGAGACGGUUUCUUGAAUUGAGUGUCUGCAAUUACCAGCAGAUAAAGAAAGGAAAGUUUUUUAUGAUUUCAUGUUUUUUAAUUGCACGUCACUAAGAAAUAUUCGUGUGUGGAUAAAAUAUAGAAAUAUUCAUAAACGUAAAAACGACUUUAAACCGACGGCAAACACUACGCAACAUUGGGCAUUGCAGUUUAUAUUAUAUUUUCUGCUGAAUUGAUUAUUUGCAGUAAACUCAAAGAAUUCUUGAUUUCCGUCAUAAAGGAAUCAGCCCACCAACGCUAACCAAUACGCCUACAUAUACACACGCACACACGCAGACACACACAGCACCAACAGUCACCACAUUUCUGUGUGUGGUUGCAAACGCCAGCAUUUUAUGUAGCUAAUACAACAACAAAGUCAACAAAUUGUUAAACAACGAUAGCGAAGGUGAAAGAGUAGAAAGAGUGAAAAAGGGGGAAAACAAAUAGAAAAACAAAAACAAACAGAAACAGAAAAACAUUAAUAAUAACGCGACAACAAAUAUUAACGACAACGUUCCUCAUAAAAAGUAGCAACAAAAAUAGUGUAAGCGACUACUACAACAGUAAUAGCAGAGAAGAAAAAAUCCCCAACAACAACAAAAGCAAGUACACAUUCGUACGCGUAUAUAGUGGCUGGAAAAGAAAUAAAGUGUCAAAGCGAAGCGAUUUAAAUCACUUCGCCACCACCACAUACCCAUACACACACACACACUUACACAACAGCUUCGUGGAAAAACGUACCCCAGCCCACCCCCAGCAGGGUAGCAGUAAACGUGCGCCGACAGCUAUACACCGUUAUCGCCCGCAAUUGCACCACGUAGCCAGUACCAAUACGCGCACAACAACAGCAGCAGCAGCCGCAGCGACCACAGCACUAACACCAACAACAUUUCGCUUACUCUCCAUUCACUGUUGUUGCCCACAUUGCAUUGAAGCAGAAGUGUAGCCACCUUAGCUGUGCGCGCUACGCCAUCAGUAGUAAAUAAACGAGCGCACCGAUAACUAAUACGCUCGUAAUUUACGCGCUCUAAGAAGGCAACACGCCGCGCGCGCUUGUCAAUUGAUUUGUUAGUUCAAGCGUCGCGCAUAACACGCCGCACAUCGCGCAUCGUCCAGAAGUGCUAAACUUUGCGAAUGAGAUAUUGAGCCGCCUGCUUUCGAAAGUCAGCGCCUGCCCAACGACUACAUUAAUUUUUUUUGAAUUAUUGCGCUUUGACUUAAGAGCACAGCGCAACGCAGCAGCAGCAGCAAAAUAAUUACAAUUUCAUUGGGGAGCGUGAGCGUGAAACCCACUGAAGCAGCUAGUAAACGGAGACAGACGUGCAAAAUACGCAUACAGAGGCACAUUGCCACAAAUACAAGUGCAUACAAAUAUAUAAUAAUUUUGACGCGCAGUCACCACCACUAGCAGCAGCAACAGCAGCAGCCGCAGCAAAGCCAAAAGCAACGACAAAAUGUUCGCCGUAAUGAGAAUCGAAAACGAUGACUGCCGGUCGGAUUUCCGCCGCAAGAUGCGUCCAAAGUGUGAGUUCAUUUGCAAGUAUUGCCAGCGGCGUUUCACAAAGCCUUACAAUUUGAUGAUACACGAACGCACCCACAAAUCGCCCGAGAUAACGUACUCCUGCGAGGUUUGCGGCAAAUAUUUCAAGCAACGCGACAACCUGCGUCAACACAGAUGUAGUCAAUGUGUAUGGCGAUAAACAGCAAACGCCAGCUCCAAUUUAAGCACUUCUCCUCUCAUGCACUUAAAUUAAAAUAAAAAUAAAAAAAAACAAAAAAAAAAACAACAAAAAUAAAUAUUGCAUAAAUCAAGCAAAACGAAUAUAUAAAAAUGAAAAUUGAAAGCACAAACGUUGCACGCACGCACGCACGCACGUACUCUUACCACUACAGUUACUUAUAUAAAUAUGCACACAAACGCACUUUGCACGCACCCAUACCUAUAAGGCAACAACUACAACUACAACAACAAUAAUUCCGCAAUAUGUUUAAAUAUGCAAGCAAAAUGAAAAAUUUAUUCGGCAAACGCUUUAAGUGGCGAAUGGCACGGAACUGCAUUUGAUCUCCCUGUGAUGGCAUUUGUAUGGGCAAUGGUGGUGAAAGGGGAAAUUUGGUUAAAAUGGUGAAAAGCAAUUUGUUUUGGGUGUUUGGUUUAUUGACAGGAGUUGCUGGAGAAGUGAUGUUUUAAAUGCAUAGAUAGAAAUGAAAAAAAGGAAGCCUGUGUAAAUAUCUGCGCUGCAACCUUCUCGCAUUUUCGGGCAGUGGUGAAGUAUGCACAUGGAUACUUGUGGACGCGUCUACUAAAACGACAAAACAAAAAAAUACAAAAAUUAUUUUUAAAAGUUAAACGUAAUAACCGACAUCACAAAGCGCAAGCGCUUGAACUCAUUAACCCACUGCUAUGUAUGUAUGUGUGUAGGCACGUAACAAUCAAGCACGCAGCAUACUGCCGUUAUACCGCAAACUUGCAAUCAUCAUGAUUCACGCGCACCCGUAAGACUUUCACAAUUUAUGGAUUCUAUUAAAAAAAAAAAGAAAUAAGUAAAAAUUUUGCCAUGCCAAGCCAGAAAAAAGUGCAACUAAGCGCCGCCUUUUUGUGCUUUUCAAUGCCAACGUGCAACGCAUCUUGCCCACAAUUCCGCAAAGAUACAAAGAAGAAAGGGAGCAGCCAUUCGAAACAGUUCAACGUGGAAAACAAAACAUGCUGCCACAAACCGUCAACGCAUGAGUCACACUUUGCAGCACAUUUUUCAAUUCAUUGCAUCACAUACACACACACACACGCGUAUGCAAAUUCAUAACAGCCUACCGCUUUCAGCGUGCAACGUCCAACGAAAGUGACCAACUGUGCCUUCAAGCAACAGCAGCAGCGGCAGCGGCAGCGCGCUUGUGCCGCAGUCAUCUCAGCUGCCGAAGCAUGCAAACCAGCUAUGAAGUUCUUCAAGCACUCCAGAGCGAGGGUGUCGCAACGACACUUCUUCACAGGUGUUCCUGCAGCUAUUUAUAUAUUAUUUUAUUUUUAUUUUUACUAAACUAAAUUUAUUAAUUAUUUUAUUUUUUAUUUAAUUUUCUAUCCUCACUUUUCAAGCUUUGUAUGUACUUUUCUUCCUUUUCUUAAAAAAAAAUUGCUUUGCUUGCCUAUGUUUUUUUAUAUUUAUUUACGCGUUUGUGUAUUUAUUGUUUUUUUGUUUUACCUAAUUUUCAAAAUUUAUUAUUAAUCUAAUCAAGUAUUGUAUUUUAAAGAUUUUUAUCGCCUUAAGUUCUUAAUUUUGAAUUGAAAAAAUGAAAAUUACAAAAAAUGUGCACUACUCCAGUAAUUAUAUACAUUUACAUAGUUACAUACAUACAUACUAUUGAUGUGUAUCAAGUAUUCAUAUGUAUUUAGGCAUUUGCUUGGACUUUCCUACUGGCCUUUCUCCGCGCGUUCCACGAUUCUUUUGAAUUGUCUUCAGGUUUAAGACUUAUCUCGUGGAAAUUACGAGUAUUAUAGAAACGAAAUAUAAAAUAUAUUGACUAAUACAUACAUACAAAAAAUAAGUUAAAUAAAAAAAAUCAAAAAACAAAAAAUAAGUAAAUAAAUAAAUUGAAAGGCAAAUGAGUUGAUGAGAAACGUGAACGCAAAUGCUUACGUAUUGCAAUAAGAUUGUACUUGUUUUGCGUACUUUAAAUUUUUAUUUGACUUUAUUAUUUAUACUAUUAUGACACAUAUGUAUGUAUGUUUUAUUGUAUUACCUAUUACGUGGGCAUACCAGCAACAUACAUGCAAUGAAAAAUUUUAUUAUAUACGAGUAAUGUUUUGAAAUAAUUGAUAAUUAAGCACCAACUGUCAAUUGAAUGAAUU